CGGAGCUUCCCACCCACACACACCUCAGGAAGGGGGAAAUGGACAGCCAACGAUAGAUACCGAUAACUCAUGUCUUCGUCUUCUCCGUCGCCUUCGCCGCCGCCGCGGUCUCGGUCACGCCCCGCAAGGCAGCUGGCCGUCUUCUCUAUUCACUCUACCAUCUUCCUGUCGCUGAUCUCCCUGCGCAUCCUCAAUGCCGUCACCGUCCGGACUUUCUUUCAGCCGGAUGAGUACUUCCAGGCCAUCGAGCCCGCGUGGAAUCUCGCGUUCGGGAACGGCGGGUGGUUAACCUGGGAAUGGCGGCAUUCGCUCCGCUCAGCAGCCCACCCACUUCUCUUCGCCGGCCUCUACCGCGCCGUCUCCUUCACCUGCACGGUCCUGCACGUCUCCGAGGCGCAGCAAGCGGAAGCACUCGCGAUCGCUCCGCGGGUGCUACAGGCGCUCUUCGCGGCGAUGGGGGACUGGGCGACGGCGCGUCUGGCGGGCGUGCUGUGGGGCAGCGACGUCGGCUGGAUCAGCCUGUGUCUGAGUCUCGGAAGUGCCUGGGGCUGGUUCUGCGGGACCCGUACGUUCGCGAAUAGUCUGGAGACGGUCGUUACCGCAUUGGCGCUCAGCGUGUGGCCCUGGAGGUGGGCCACCGCUGAUAGGUCCCGCCCAAGACAGCAGCGGAGUGAGGUGCGCUUCGCGAUGGGGCUGGCGGCCCUCGCGUGUGUCCUGAGACCGACGAAUAUCCUUGUGUGGUUGGCGCUCGGCGCGUUUGCGGUUUGGAAUACGAACGGCAGGAGGAGGGUUAUCUUGGUGGCUGAGGCUAGUUGGAUUGGUGCUGCCGUGUUCAUGGCAAACGCCCUGAUUGAUAAGGCCUACUACGGCGAAUGGACCUUCCCACCACUCACCUUCCUCAAGUUCAACGUCGUCCACUCGCUCUCGAUUUUCUACGGCCGGAACGAUUGGCACUACUAUCUUUCGCAAGGGCUCCCCCUCCUACUCACCACCUUUCUCCCUCUCGCGCUGUACGCGCUCUACUGCAGUCUCGCCAUCGGCCGCACAUCUUCCCCGGCGUUCCAACUUGCCAGCACAAUUGUCGGCGUGGUAGCCACAUACUCCCUGAUCGCGCACAAAGAAGUCCGAUUCCUCUACCCUCUCCUCCCGCUCCUGCACGUCCUCUCGGCAAAGUCUUUCCAAGACCUGUCAUGGAGCACCAAGACCAAGAACCGCGUUCUAGCCGGAAUGAUCCUCCUCAACCUGCCCGUGGCAUACUACACGUCGAUGGUGCACCAGCGUGGGGUGAUCGACGUAAUGCAGCACCUGGGCGCUACCAGCAGCGAGUGGAAUUCCGCGGGCUUCUUGAUGCCGUGCCAUUCCACCCCGUGGAAGGGCGCACUCGGCGGUGCUCUGGAUAAGAAGGAUAUGUGGGCGUUGACGUGCGAGCCGCCGAUUGACAUGGAGCCCGAAGUGAGGGCCGCGUACGUGGACGAGGCGGACCAGUUCUACGCUGACCCGAAGGCGUUCGUGCAGAAAUUUGUCGGCGAUGGGAAAAGGUAUAAGUGGCCCGAGAGGUUGGCUGUGUUUGAAGCAUUGGUCAAGGAGGAUGCUGGCAAGAGCUUGUGGGGCGGACUUUAUGAAGAGUGCUGGAGAGGGUUCAAUACCCAUUGGCAUGAUGACGAUCGGAGGAGAGGGGAUGUGGUCGUGUUUUGUCUAAGAGAUGAGAUGGACGGGAAAGAGCCGGUGGAGAUGGUCGUUAGUGAGAUGUUUUAGUUGUUUUGUUAUUUUGUUGUUACUGGUGCGGGGACCUCAAUGUUGAUGUGCAGUGGUCAUUCUACGGAUAUGGUACGGGUUGAGCAAUGAUUUGAGGCCAAUCGAUUGAGAUGCGGAUCGUCGGAACCUGCCUGGAUGUUUGACCGUGGACC